AUGGAGGCAGCAGACUUCUGGCUGCCAGGCUAAAGACAUGGCUUCUAAAGUUCACUUCCCAGUCAAGGACCAACAGCCCCCAAGCCAGGAGCUUACACCACUCCCAGAGGCCAAUGCAGAAGCCAUCAACUUCCUCAGUUCCCUCAGUAUGGAAGAGCUACAAAUGCUGUUUUUCUCUGAGACUCUGGCUAUCAUUUCGGACACCGGGGAGCCCCAGGGAGAGCUGACCAUACAGGUGGAGAGAGGGAAGUACAAAGACGAACUGGGCAUCAUGUCUCACUGUGUGUUCGUGCACGCCUUUAGCAGAGGCUUCUUGGAUAAAACACUCAGCGGAAACGCGCUCCUGGGCUAUGUCUCCAGGACAUUGGAGCUCAUGGAACAACACAGUCAAGAGUUCAUCAAGUUCCUCAUUUUGCCCAUGGAACAGAAGACGAGUUUACUGAAACAGGAUGACCAGAUUGUCAUAAGGAGAAGUAUCAAGGAGGGCGAGGAAGUGAAGACUGGCACAAGUUCUUUCCCUUGGAAAGCAAUGAAGGGCUUCAUCUCUGAGGCUGCCAACAUGGUGCUGCUGAGGGUGAUGGCCUGGCGGCAUAUGGUGCCCAACAAUGCCCGUUUCCUGGCCUUGGACAGUGAUGGCAAACUCUGCUACUGUACCUAUGAGUCCCUGGGCGUCCAGACCUUCCAGGUGGGCCGCCAGCAGGCCGAAGUGCUCAUCGUGGAGCAGACAGUACACUCGACAGAGGGCAUCCCCAUGGCCUGCCAGUUCUACCUGCUCCCUGACGGGCAUCUGGCUAAGAGAGUCCAGGUGGGCUCCCCGGGGUGUUGCAUCAUCUCCAAGAUGCCCGUCUUGCGGGAGAAGGAUGAGGAUGAGCCGCAGCCGCAGCAGUUUGAGAAGAAGCCCCUGGUGUGGGAGGAGGACCUGGAGCUCUUCUCCAGGUUCCUGGAGCGGAAGGAGGAGCUCCGACUCAGCCACACCAGGUAUCUGCGCCAGCACCCCGAGGCCGAAGCGCUCAUCUCGGAUUUCCUGCUCUUCCUGCUGCUGCGCCAACCCCAAGACGUGGUCACCUUCGCGGCCCAGCACUUCGGCCCCUUCGCCGUGAACCGCCCGCCGUCCCCCAGCCUGCGCUCCUCCCACCGGCCCAGCCCUUUCCGAUCGCUGGACGACUUGUGGGACUCCAGGCUCGCUAGGCAGUCCGGGCAGAGAGCUGGGACCUAGGGCUGGGCCGUCUGGGAGAUGGGACCCGGGCGAGGCACUGAGCUCGCAACCCCCCUGCGGCUUCUGUGUGAAUAAACGGCCCCCCCCCUCUGCUGUGCCUGAAGGGACUGCCCCAGGCUAGGGCCUACGGCCCAAAAUAGAUGAAAA